AAGGCGUGGAGGGCGGGCGACCUCGAGACGUUCGGUCGGCUCGUGAACGCGUCCGGCGCGUCGUCGAUUGAAAACUACGACGCGGGGUGUCCUCCAAUGAACGACCUUCUGGAGAUUUGCCGAGGCACGCCGAACGUCCUCGGCGCGCGGUUCAGCGGCGCCGGGUUCCGCGGGUGCUGCGUCGCCAUCUGUUUACCAGAGUACGCGAAGACCGCCGCGGACGCGAUCCGCGACGCGUACGUCGAGAAGCGACCCGAG